AUGAAAGCAUCAAAGGUGAUUGAUACCCCUAUUGCUACUGCUACUAAGCUAGACAUGGAUGAUUCUGGAUCACCUAUAAAUCAAACAAUGUACAUGGGAAUUAUUGGAUCUCUACUCUACCUUACUUCCAGCAGGCCAGACAUUGUAUUUAGUGUGGUAUUAUGUGCAAAAUUCCAAUCAAAUCCUAAGGAAUCUCAUCUGAAGGCUGCUAAGAGAAUUUCGAGAUAUCUUAAAGGCACACAGGACCUGGUUUUGUACUAUCCUUCAGGUGACAAUUUCAACCUUAUUGGUUAUGAUGACGCUGAUUAUGCAGGCUAUCUGGUGGACAGGAAAAGCUCAUCUGGAAUGGCUCAUUUCCUUGGAUCACGUCUUAUUUCAUGGGGUACAAGGAAACACAACUCAGUAUCUCUCUCAACAACUGAAGCAAAAUAUGUUGCAGCUACCUCGUGCUGUGCUCAGUUACUACGGAUCAAGCAAUAA